GUGGCCAGUGUGUGCUCACAGCCGGGCCUGGGCAGCGCUGGAGUCGUAGGACCUCGCGCGGCGUCCGCGAGCUCCGGGGCGGGGGCGGCGGCGGCGAAGCCCCCUCCCCGGGGAGGCGGGGCCCGGGCGAGCUCCCCGGUCGGGGAGCGGCGGCGGCGGCCGGGGAGGAUGCAUCAGAAGCUGCUGAAGAGCGCGCACUACAUCGAGCUGGGCAGCUACCAGUACUGGCCGGUCCUGGUGCCCCGCGGCAUCCGCCUCUACACCUACGAGCAGAUCCCCGUGUCCCUCAAGGACAACCCGUACAUCACCGACGGCUACCGGGCCUACCUGCCCUCCAGGCUGUGUAUCAAAAGUUUGUUUAUUUUAUCUAAUGAGACAGUAAACAUCUGGAGUCAUUUGCUGGGUUUCUUUCUCUUCUUCACACUGGGAAUAUAUGACAUGACAUCUGUGUUACCUUCGGCAAGUGCAUCCAGAGAAGAUUUUGUAAUUUGUUCUAUUUGUCUUUUCUGCUUCCAGGUCUGUAUGCUUUGCUCUGUGGGCUAUCAUCUUUUUUCCUGCCACCGAUCAGAAAAAACCUGUCGAAGAUGGAUGGCGUUAGAUUAUGCAGGAAUUUCUAUUGGAAUACUGGGCUGCUAUGUCUCUGGAGUAUUUUAUGCAUUUUAUUGUAAUAAUUACUGGCGGCAGGUGUACCUGAUCACCGUGCUCGGCAUGAUCCUGGCCGUGUUCUUUGCGCAGAUCCAUCCCAGUUACCUCACGCAGCAGUGGCAGCGGCUCCGCUCCGUCAUCUUCUGUUCUGUUUCGGGAUAUGGAGUCAUUCCCACUCUUCACUGGGUUUGGCUCAAUGGAGGAAUAGGUGCUCCUAUUGUACAGGACUUUGCACCCCGUGUGGUGGUGAUGUACCUGAUCGCGCUCCUCGCUUUCCUGUUCUACAUUUCCAAAGUUCCAGAAAGGUACUUUCCAGGACAACUCAACUACCUCGGAUCAAGCCACCAAAUAUGGCACAUCCUGGCAGUAGUGAUGUUAUACUGGUGGCACCAGUCAACAGUGUAUGUCAUGCAGUACAGACACAGCGAGCCUUGUCCUGACUAUGUUUCACAUUUGUGAAUUCAGGUAUGGUCACCUGGUGUAUUCAGCUGUUAAGCAAUAUAUAACGGGGAGUUGUAUACCCCAAUAUUUCUAAGGCUCCCAUUAGCUUUUCCUUUUUCCUGUUUAAUAUAUCAUGAGUACUAUUUUAUAAAAGUGGAAAAAUACACUUCAGGAUCUAUAAUAGUGCUUUACAGGCCCUUAAAACUACUAAUUUGCUGCUUGUACAAUAAGUGAAAGUUAGUUGGCAUUUAAAAGAAACAUCUGAGUAACAGUGAAUGUGAAACCAGUGUAGACAUAGUAAUCAUUUUACUUACACCAGCUUAAUUUCCUUAGGAAGGGCUCACCUCCAUUAUAAAAUGGAGUCAUCCUGUGUGAUUGAUUACUUUAAUAGAAAAUAUUUACAGAGAUGACCAAGUGCCUGAUCAAGGCGAGGGUUGCGAUAGCCUAUGCUUUCACAAGCUAGGACAGUGAUUUUGAAUCUCCGCUAGCCUUUAAAUACAUGGUUUGUGGGAAGCUGGCGCAUAAGAUUAUUUCCUUUAGCUGUGGGUUCUCUUCUCCCUAGGAACACUGGAUUUUUUAGUUUGCUGGAACAAAAAUUUUAAACCUCUUCUCCUUUAAGUUGAAAGAGGUGUUGAGAAGAGGAAAAGAAAUUGAUUUUUUAUUUCCCAUCAGAUAAGAAUCACAUUAAAAUCACAUGAUCAGGUGACAGAUUCUAUAGUCUGAUAACCAAGUAAUUAGCCAUUUAAGCUUUUUAAUUUCAAAUAAUAUUAAGUCCAUAUAAUAAUUGAACUCUUGCCAGUGGAUUGCAGAUUUUUGGUUCCAAAAUCCCUGCAGCAGAACUUCCACCUCUCUGAAUCUGCAGUCCUAAAUGUCCUGGUGAUGGGGGGUUCCCAGCUAUAUGGGUGCUACUUUCAAGGCCAUAGAAUCCAGAUGGCCCAGUCUUGACCCUGAACUGAACCUUAAGCCUUAGAACAAAGUCAUGCAGAUGCCCCAUGUGAUGGCAGAUGAUUUU